AUGACAGAGUAUUCUGUGCUCUUGGUCUCACGAUUGGACCCGUUGAGGUAUCUAUUUGACAGGCUUGUUUUGACCGGUAGGCUCAUGAGAUGGCUGGUAUUGUUGACAGAGUUUGAUAUUCAUUAUGUCACGCAGAAGUCAGUAAAGGGAAGCAUUGUUGCAGAUCAUUUAGCUUCUUUGCCGAUAUCCGAUGACCGAUCAGUUGAUGAUGAUUUCCCUGAUGAGCAGAUUGUUUCAAUGACUAGUAUUACGGGGUGGUGGUUGUACUUUGAUGGUGCUGCCAAUCAGUCGGGGUUUGGCAUUGGUAUCUUAUUGAUAUCACCACAGGGUGAUCAUAUCCCCAGAUCAGUCCGGUUAGCAUUUUCUGAUCAUCACCGGUUGACGAAUAAUAUUGUAGAGUAUGAGGCUUGCAUUACAGGUUUGGAGACUGCACUUGAUCUUGGCAUUAGACAGUUGGAGAUCCACGGGGAUUCCAACUUGGUUAUAAAGCAGACUCAGGGUAUCUAG